AUGGGCUGGGUAGGCGUGGGUGUGCUCAUCGCAACUACAGCUUAUUUUCUGUACCGGUAUCCUCCGCGCAGUUGGACCGAGUCUCGUUCCUUUGCCCCUCCGGAACCCAGCCCCGACACGCCAUUUGCCGCUACCACCGCAGACAAGCCCGCGCAAGGCAAGACUGCCCCAGGGCCUUCAGAAUCAAUAGAUAUAGUGGAGGAGGAUUCACAAAGCACACCCAAGGCUUCGGCUUCGAGCGCACCGCUCCCUGUCCGUGCGGUCCCCACGUUCAGCCUGGACAGCGACGAGAGCGAGACCUCACAACCCGCCGCGAUGCCUUCCAUCUCCCAAAUCUCGAUUGGAACAACAGAGCCCUCAUCAUCGACAGAUCGAAACCAUGAGGAAUCAAAGCCCCAACCCCUACCGCGGCCAUUCCCCGCGCAAUCACCUAACCCCAAGACAGCAACCACCAGCGCCUCCUUGAUGCCUCCUCCCCCAGUACCCCGACCAACACCUCAACCGAAUCGUCUCUCCCCAACGAGCACACUUCAACCGCCACGGCCCAGCGGCAGUUCCCUCGCCCCACCGCCAUCGGCAGCAGCCUCCCAACGAGGCGGCCCACCGAACAUCGGCAGUCGUCUUACGAGCAGCACCCUCUCCCCAGCCCAAUUAUCGCUCAAGAAAUCCUCCUCGCGCCAAGUGGUUCUCGAGCCGGGAUUCUCACCCCUCGACUGGGCAGCGCGAGCGGCAAAUCCGAAGAACCAGCUGCGCGGCGAAGGCCUUCCCCCAGGCCUGUUGCGGGUCACCCCGUCAAUGCUAAAGCAGCAGCAUGGGCGCAAGGGCCGAGAUGCCUGGACCUCUUACCAUGGCAAGGUAUACAAUAUCUCGCCCUAUGCUCCCUACCACCCAGGCGGGAAGGGCGAGCUCCUCCGCGGCGCGGGGAAGGACUCUGCGCAGCUAUUCCAGGAGAUCCAUCCGUGGGUCAACUGGGAGGGUAUCCUCGGCGAAUGUCUCGUCGGGAUUCUGGUUUCGGAGCAUGACACCCAGGCCGAGAAUGAGCUCGAUGCGAUGGACUGA